CUAUUCAUGUUCCCACCUGUAGAGUGGGAGUCAAAACAAAAAUCUCCUGGAAAGUCGCUCUGACUUUUUAACAGCUAGCUAACCAGCUAAAUCACGCAGCUGCCGAUAACGUUAGCAAAGUUGUUUGUAUCUCUGUAAAAACUUUAAUAGCUACAGAGUCCGUUCGUUCAAGUGAAUUUCAUCAUGGAUUAUCAAAAGUUCCGCCUUUUCUACAACUGGUUUUGGUCCGUUUUCGUGGCAUAGCUGGAAAGCUAACGCUAUUUAGUUAUUAUCAGUUAGCUUAGCAUUGGUCUCUAAACCCCCCCCCAACAAAAAACCCAUCUUCAUCUGAGCCUUGUUGGACGGCAGAAGUCACUGACUUUACUCCCUGGUUUCUUUGACAGCAACACCCUCAAAAUGUCCAUCCUAGGCUUAAAGAAGAAACAGCCAAAGACUUUCAAAGUCAAAGUUAUCACCAUGGAUGCUGAAAUGGAGUUCAGCUGUGAGGUGAAGUGGAAAGGUAAAGACUUGUUUGACCUGGUGUGUCGCACUGUUGGUUUGAGGGAGACCUGGUUCUUUGGACUGAGGUACACAGUAAAGGACACCUACGCCUGGCUGAAACCAGAGAAACGGGUCUUGGACCAGGAGGUUCCCAAGGACUCUCCCAUAACAUUUCAUUUCCUGGCAAAAUUCUUCCCAGAGAAAGUAGAAGAGGAACUGGUCCAAGAAAUUACUCAGCACCUCUUCUUCUUACAGGUGAAAAAACAGAUAUUAGAUGAAGAGAUAUUCUGUUCCCCUGAAGCAUCUGUUCUGCUGGCAUCAUAUGCUGUCCAAGCCAAGUAUGGGGACUAUGACCCAAACUUUCACAAGCCAGGUUUCCUGGCACAAGAUGAACUUUUGCCAAAAAGAGUUCUGAUGCAAUAUCAAAUGACAGCUGACAUGUGGGAGGAGAAGAUCACAGCUUGGUACGCAGAGCACAGAGGCAUCGCCAGGGAUGAGGCUGAGAUGGAGUACCUAAAGAUUGCUCAGGACCUUGAGAUGUAUGGUGUCAGCUACUUUGCCAUCACUCAAAAUAAGAGGGACACUGACCUGUUACUUGGAGUGGAUGCUCAGGGUCUUCACAUUUACAGCCCCAGCAGCAAACUCAACCCCAACAGGUCCUUUCCUUGGAGCGACAUUCGAAAUAUCUCCUACAGUGAAAAGGAGUUCACAAUCAAACCCCUGGACAAGAAGAAAGAUGUGUUCAAGUUCUACUCAUCUCAACUGCGUGUCAACAAGCUGAUCCUGCAGUUGUGCAUCGGUAACCAUGAUUUAUUCAUGAGGAGGAGGAAGGUGGACUCGAUUGAAGUGCAGCAGAUGAAAGCUCAGGCUAAAGAGGAGAAGGCCCGCAAGAAGAUGGAGCGUCAGAUCCUGGCACGGGAAAAGCAGAUGAGGGAGGAAGCAGAACGAGCUAAAGAAGAGAUGGAACGAAGACUUUUCCAGCUGCAGGACGAGGCACGACUGGCCAACGAGGCAUUGCUGCGAUCUGAGGAGACAGCAGACCUGUUGGCAGAGAAGGCCCAGAUUGCUGAGGAGGAGGCCAAGCUGCUGGCCCACAAGGCUGCAGAAGCUGAACAGGAGAGACAGAGGUUAGAGGUCACAGCCAUGAAGACCAAGGAGGAGAAAAGGCUGAUGGAGCAGAAGAUGAGAGAGGCAGAGCAGCUGGCUGUCAAGCUGGUGGAGCAGUCAGAGAGGAGGUUGAAGGAGGCGGACCACCUGAAACAGGACCUGACAGAGGCAAAGGACGCUGAGCGGAGAGCCAAACAGAAGCUGCUGGAGAUCACCAAAACAACAUACCCUCUCAUAGCAGCUUACUCUCCUCCACCUGCUCCUCCCGAAGCAGCCGACUUUGGCUACGAAUCAGCAUCCUCACGCCUGGACUUCAAGGACUCCGACAUGAAAAGGCUGUCAAUGGAGAUAGAGAGAGAGAGGCUGGAGUACAUGGAGAAGAGUAAAAACCUCCAGGAUCAGCUGAAGGAGCUCAAGUCAGAGAUCGAGUCCCUGAAGCUGGAGGAGCAGCAGCAACAGGCCGGCCUCUACAGCCUCCGCAGUGAGGCGAGGGGAUACGUUCAGGAGCCUGUCUACAUACCUCACAGCAAUAGAAACUCUGCGUACAUGUCUCAGAUGGCCUUCUUUGAAGAAGUGUGAUCUUAGUCCUGCAAGAUGAGGAAGGAGGACACCAGCUGUUGUGAUGCAGUAUUUUCUUGACACGUUUGGUUAUUUUAUUUUUUUUUACCUGGCUGAAACUAACAAACAGACACAUGCAUACGUCAUGACUAUGUGCUUUGGAAAGACUUUGAAAUCUAUCCUCAACAACAAACAGCCACUAGUUUGGCUGCCACGCUAGGUUGUACCACCUGAUACACAGCACCUUCCAUAUUUCUUUCAUAUAUAAUGAACACAUAAAUGUGUGCCAUAUAUCUAACACUGAUUCAGGACAUGGUGCUGAAGAUGGGUGUAUGAAUGAGUUUUUGUUUGAUGUUUUCUGUGUGGUUUUCUGCGAUACUUAGCUGUAUGGUGGUCAGAUAUAGAAAUAAGCCUCAAUAACAAGAUAUACAUUAAUGCCUUAACAGCAUUUUGGGACAGGGAUUAAGUUAUGUUUUGUUUUGUUUCUCUGAAACCAGCUGUAGGCAGAGUUCCUGCAUGUGUAAUUAAGUAAAUGAUCAUUUUCAGGCUUGGGAAACUUCAAAAAGUUAUUAGUGCCCCUGAAGAUUUUGUGAAUAUAUAAACUUUUGGUCAUUUUUCUUUCAAACCAGCAAAGUGUUUCUCAAACCCAAAAGCCCAAAUUUCGGAUUAUACCUUCUCCAAGCUCUUGUUGAAUGUAGCUGUCGACACUAAAUACACUCUAAAGAUAACUCUUUAUCAGUGAUAUCUAAUGUGAAAACUAACGUUAUGAUCUUGCUCGUAAAGGUAAUUUAUGAAAGUAGUAAUUGCAGCUCAAAGUAAAGUCCAGAUUUGAGGAGCAGAUGUGCAGGGACAGUGUCUAGAGGUGACACUCCAUAAAAAUGUCAAAUUCAGUGUUGAGCUUUGUUUCGGUCUUUGAAUUGCUUUCUUGCCGUCUCUGUUACAAACUUCAUGAACUGCCUUUACUUUUCACAGCACACAGGUGCCUUUACAGUUUCUAGUGCCUCAUCAUGGCAGUAAACAUAAAUGUAGUUUAUAGUUACAGCCUUGAGCUCUGCCAUUUCAAGUUUUUAUAUUUUGUACCCUAGACUGUUGAUGUGCCUUGAACUUUAUUUUUUACUAUUAUAAUUUGAGUUGCUAAGGUUUCAUUUGAUAUCAUUGUGCUCAUGUGUCUUAGCAUUAGGGUUCCUUUAAGCUUGGGGUUGAUUUCAUGCCCAAAUUAAUUGACAGAAUAGCAGAUUGAUGGCUUUCCUGUUUUUUUUUUUCUUUGCUCAGGGUUAGUGUUGGAGACAAUCACUGCAGGUAGAAUCUCAUUGUGUUUUUCCCUGAGAUACACAGUAUGGUAUCCAUUAAUGUUUACCUUUUUCUGAACAGGCUUUUUCCAUUUAACGUGGAUAAGUUUAACCACAAUUCAUAUGAUUAAUAUUUUUGCCAGCAGUGGGUGUAAACAUAGAGAUGGGUCAUGUGAGUGGACUUCCACUCUCCUACACUCCUCAUUACGUUGUCAAAAAGGGAGGGGCUGAUGCCAAAUGUACAGCCAGAGAUUCUCAUGUUUGUUAAUUUGGACUGGCCUGUUAGACUGACUUUGUUAUUGACUGAACAGCAAUAACUGAUUGGAUCAUUAUUGCCUGGGUUAUCAGUGAGUAAGGCUUACUUUAGUAAACAGUAUUGUGCCAGAUGUCCAAGUGAAAAUGUUGUGUUUUUUCAUCACCACAUUGCUUAACUGCUCAGUUUUCAUCUUUAAUCUUAUUUAUUUGUGCUAUAAAAAUCCUUAAAUAACAUCGCCAUACACCAUUUUCUUGAGGUCUGUCAUUGUGGGGAACUUUGUUGUAAUUUAAUGUUUGUUUUAUUUUUCUAUAAUGAGAUUUUCCUGCUAAAUUCAAGUCCAAUGUUAAGAGAUGAUUGUGUUGUGUACAUCAGGGGAUUAGGUUUAACUUGGAAGUGACAAAAAUGUUGCAAAUUCAUGCAAAAAAAAAAAAAAGCUUUGUCAGUGAUUUGUAACCUCAAGUUAUUUUGUGUAUAUCAUUUCAUUACAACAGUGAUCAUACAAUAAUGUUUCUGUUUGUGCAAAUAUUAGCAGUGGUGUCGUAGAUGAACAUAAAAUCAUUCUUGCUUUCUAA